AUGGAAUUAGAGGAUUACCAUUUGAGCAAGGGAAGGGUGUUUCUCCCUCCUUCCCUCAGCCAUGGCCGAGUUGGGGCCAGGCUGAGUGAGACCGGCACUGAGACAACGGUUACCGUGACAACCGAGCCCGAGAACCGGAGCCUGACCAUCAAACUUCGGAAACGGAAGCCAGAGAAAAAGGUGGAAUGGACGAGUGACACUAUGGACAACGAACACAAGGGGCGCCGCUCAUCAAAAUGCUGUUGUAUUUAUGAGAAACCUCGGGCCUUUGGUGAGAGCUCUACGGAGAGUGAUGAGGAGGAAGAGGAAGGCUGUGGUCACACACACUGUUUACGGGGCCACCGCAAAGGAAGGCGCCGUGGAACCCCCGGACGGAGCCCCACCACCCCGUCCCAGCCCCCUCCAGGGCCAAUGCUGCACUAAAUUCCUCUCUCC